AUGGACAUUAAUAACCAAAAGGAUCUUGUUCCUGCUGAAAUAGCUUAUAAGGAAGUUGAGGGGAAUACUGAAGGUGUGAAAGAGAAGGUUUUUAUACAGGUGGGAAAUAAUCACAAAGGAAAAAAGGUGUUCAAGCAGAAGUCUGUAGAAAUUGUGGAUGAGGAUGUGAAUAGAUUUGGUCCUCUAGCUGAUAAAGAUGAUGGGGGUUCUAUUCAAGGGGAAGGUUCAGGUACGGAGGAGAAUUUAGCUGUGAAGGAAAUUGAGGAAGAACAAUUGUUGGGAGUUAGGCCAGAAGAGAGAUGGGAUCCUCAGAUGCAAUCAGUGAUUGUUCAAUUAGAUCAGCCACAUGAGGAUGUUGCAGGUGGGAUAGAAAUGGGUAAAAGUGUUGAGGAGAUACAGUUGAGUCAGAAUAAUGAGGGGAGGGGAAAUCAAUUGUUAAUGGUUUCUCUCUCCUCUAGAGAUUCCUUUUAUGGAAAUCACCAAUAUGUUGCAAGAGUGGGUGUAAAUACUGUUGAUGAUGAAACAGGAAUAGUAAGGAGGACUGAUCCGCCUGAUCAAGGGUACUGGUCUGAUGAUGGAAGUUUGCUGAGACAAGGUAGAUCCAGGGGUCAACUGAAGGAUAUUGAUGAUGAUGACUCAAUGGAUUCAGAAUCAGAUUAUUUGGAGGUGGGUUCACUGGAUGUUACUGAUAGGCUGAGGCCAAGAAGUAAGUCUCUUAUUCUCUAA